ACUGUUGGUGUACAUGUACUCGAUUUUCAGCUAAAUUAGGUUAAUGCUCUAGAUUUAUUCUGCGCAUGCACUUUCAGCAAAAAACCCCUCUCUCAACUGUUUUUGAGGCCUUGUGCAAACGGUAUUUUGAGGCGAAGGUUUCAUUUAGAGAUAAGAAUAACUCACAAAAAGAGGAAUUAAAGUAGCCAAUCAUGUUGAAGUUGUCCAUCAACAUCCAGACCAUUUUGGUGGGAAUGGGCAUUGGUCUUUUUGUGUACUACGUCAUCAAACGGAUGCGGUAUCGUCUGCCACCUGGACCAUGGUGUAUCCCACUUAUUGGGCAUUAUAAGAUUUAUACGUCGCCUGAGAUUCACUUAAAAACCGCAGCGCUUGCAAAGGAAUACGGCCCUAUAGUCCGGCUGUCUGUUGGUCCCCAAACCUGGGUUGUUCUAAAUGACAUCAACUCUGUGCUGGAAGCAAUGGUAAAGAAAAAGGCCGAGUUUGCUGGAAGACCACAGAUUACAUCAGGUGAUGUGUUUACAGAAGGAGGAAAGGAUAUCGCCCUGGGUAAUUAUUCAGCUUCCUGGAAAUUCCAUAGGAAAAUAGCCGGAAAGGCCCUAAGGAAUUAUCUUCAGGGGGAUUUAUUGGAAAACAUGAUUCAAGACAACAUGAAUAAAUUUUUGGACAAGAUGGCCAAAGAGAAAGGACCGUUCGUUUUCAAAGAAUACGCGGAUCUGAUAAUUUUUCAUCAACUGUACACAAUAUGUUUUGGAGAAAAACGUCCUGUAGAUGACCCGGAGGUGAAAAGAUUUAUCAAAUUAGACAAUGAUCUGCUGGAGAAAUUUGGUUCAGGUUUCUUUGAGGACCUAUUUCCCUAUUUAAAAAACAUCUUUACGACGGCUAAAUGGAAGAAAUUGCUUGUGUUGACAGAAGAUAUACUGAACGUCCUCCGAAAGAAACUCAAAGAACACGAAGAAACUUUCCAGCCAGGAGUCAACAGGGACUUUAUAGACAGCAUGCUGAUCGCCAAACAGGAAGCGAAGGAUGAGGGCAAUGAGGCGGCCCUGGAGAUCUUGGAUGACACGCACCUGGUUCAGACAAUAUCUGAUAUCUUCUUUGCGGGGGUAGAUACAACUCGUUACACAAUGGACUGGUUCGUUUAUUUCAUGACACGAUUUCCGGAAACCCAAGCAAAAUGUCAGGAGGAAAUUGACAGAGUUGUUGGAUCGAGGCAACUUUCAAUGAAGGACAGAGGCAAUUUAGAUUACACCGAGGCCUGUAUAUUUGAGACGAUGCGACUUUCAAAUUUUAUUGGUUUUGGGAUUCCACACAUGACAGUCUGCGAUUCACAAGUUGGGGGAUACGAUGUCCCAAAAGGCACCACUGUACUGAUCAAUUACUGGGCGCUUAACCAUGACCCUAAACAAUGGAAGGACCCAGAACAAUUUGACCCACAUCGCUUUCUCGAUGAAAACGGCAAAAUGAAACCCGCCAAACCAGACAGUUGGCUUCCCUUUUCUGCCGGACACCGAGUUUGUUUAGGAGAAAGUUUGGCCAAACCAGAACUCCUACUGAUGAGUGCCAAUCUUCUGCAACGAUUUGAAAUAAGUCUCCCAGAGGGCGUGAAGCCAAAUUUAGAGUGUCAUAUGCAGGGGUUUGGUGUAGAACUGCCAUCUGAUUACAAAAUCGUGGUUAAAGAAAGAGCCGGAAGAUGAAACCUGGUUAUGGACCAGUUAUUGUAAUAUUGAUCUUGCAAUUAAAAAUUAAUUUCGAAAAAUUGUUAAUUAAUUAUAGUUGAUGUAAAUGGAUUUAUGAGAUAGUUAUGAUAUCAAUACUGGUGUAAUACUGGUCAACCCAUGAUAAAAUUAUUUGUAUCAUCUUUUCACAUAGUUUCUUUUAACGUUAGGUCAUAAGACUUACCUAGAUAUAAGAAGACCAAGAAACUUCUGAAAUGAUUAUAUAUAUAAUACGUAUACCAAUCAUAAUUUGUGGGUCCACUCUCUUACAAAGUUAUAUCCUCUUAACAUGACAUCAUCAACUUUUGAAAGUAGAGAUAUGUCAAAGUUGUACAUGUAUAUGAUUUGCAGGAUGUCGGAUGAUGAUUAUUACAUAUGCAAUACAUGUAUUUUCAAAAGAAA